UAAGUGAUGCCGGCACAACGCGUCGCAACAAAUGGCUCUCCUGUCUCCCAAAGCCCCUCUCCUCUUCUACAACCCUAGCCAUUUCAAACUUUGCCCCUCAAACGUCCCCAAAAUUUCAAUCCUGCCCUCCAAACCCCUCUUUCGCCACCUCCAUUGCUCUUCUUCCUCCGAAAAAGCGGACAAUUUAUUCUCUGCAAAUUCCUUCAGCCGUAAAAACCUAAAAAAGAAAUUCAAGGAAACCCUAGAAAACACAGUCGAUGACACGAAGAAGGCGUUCGAAACCCUUGAAGACGAAGUCGAUGGCUCAAAAUCUGCCUUCAAGGAAACCAUGAAAGACGCUGUGGAUGAAACCCUAGAAAUUGCCAAAGAAGUAGAAAACACAAUUUUUGGUGAAUCGGGGGAGAAAAAGUCAGAUGAUGAACCGGUGGUUAUCAAAAACACAGUCGAUGACACGAAGAAGGUGUUCGAAACCUUUGAAGACAAAGUCGAUGGCUCAAAUUCUGCCUUAAAGGAAACCCUGAAAGACACCGUGGACGAAAAUCUAGAAACUGCCAAAGAAGUAGAAACCAUAAAUUUUGGUGAAUCAGGGGAGAAGAAGUUAGAUGAUGAAUUUGCGGUUACCACGUUGCCGGGCUCUUUGCCGGAAAUUUCACCAGGAAAUGGCGGAGUGGUUACCACAUUGCCGGGCAUUUUGCCGGAAAUUUCACUGGGAAAUGGCGGAGCUAAGUCUCCUCGUACUGAGAUAGGGUAUGUUGAAGUUUCAGCGGACAAAUCGAGGUUUGAUGAGAUUGAGGGCUUGAAGAGGUGUUUAGUUGAUAGCUUUUACGGGACUGAGUUAGGGUUGAGGGCUACGUCUGAAACUAGGGCUGAGAUUGUGGAGUUGGUUAAUCAAUUAGAGGCUUUGAAUCCAACAUCGGCACCAACCGAGUCUCUGUCGCUUUUAGAUGGGAAUUGGGUUUUACGAUAUACUGCAUUUUCGGAGCUGCUGCCUCUUAUAGCAGCAGGGACACUGCCACUCUUGGAACUUGAAAAGAUCUGCCAAGAAAUCAAUACAAAAAGCUUCACCGUUCAGAAUUCCAUCACGUACUCGAGUCCUCUCGCCACUUUCUCAUUCAGUGCCUCAGCUUCUUUUGAAGUUAGAAGCCCAUCAAGGAUACAGGUGAAGUUUGAGGAAGGAGUAUUCAACCCACCUGAAAUACGGACUCCUGCAGAUUUGCCAACCAAGGUCGAUGUUUUUGGACAGAGUAUCGAUCUCUCUCCACUCUCAAGCGUUCUAAGCCCUCUUGAAGAAGGUUUUGCAAACAUUUCUCGUGCAAUCUCAGGCCAACCACCUCUAAAGUUGAGGAUUCCUGGUCAGGGAUCUGAGUCUUGGCUUUUGAUAAGUUAUCUUGACAAAGAUCUGAGAAUAUCAAGGGGUGAUGGAGGGCUCUUUGUGCUAGUGAAGGAAGGGAGCCCACUGUUGGAUCAAUAGAGAUGAAUCGAUCAUGUUCAUUUUGUAAAUAUAGAAUUUCUUCCAAUUUGUGAGAGUCUGCAACUGCCUCUCUCUAGGUACAGGAGGCACACCCCUGGUUGUGUGAUAAAAGAUAUGCCUAAUGGUUAUUCAAGGGUAAUUAUAUUGUCCCACUUCGUUCCUGGUGGUUGAUUGAGAUAUUCAUUUA